GGAAUUGUAGAAAGGGUGAUAACUGUCCCUUUCGCCAUGAUAUGAAUAAUGGCUCCUCGAGGUCUGGCAACUCACUGAAAGAUGAAGUUAGCCGGUUCUGCGAUCCAAAGUCGUUGGAUAUGAAGGAGAAAGAACUGCGUGACACCUUGGACAUCUACAGAGAAUUGGACAUGGUUGUGACGUCUUCGAUGGGGUUGCCGUUCCCAGCAUCGGUCAAUCUCAUAGCCGGCAGGGACUAUUCAUUUGAAGAGUCGAGGUGGGAUUUUAUACAGUCUCAGACCUCCAACACGCUGUCCCAGUACGAAACGGCGAUGAUCUCGAGGAAGUCAGAUAUGGAUUGGUGUGUGAAAGAACUUUUGCGAGACACAAGAAAGGCUGCAAGAUAUACACAGACUGUCACUGAGAAGCAGUUCAACGGUGAACAAGUGACUGUUCGACCAUUCUUGAGCAAGGAACUGGACCUCACUGGUCAGUCGAACAAUGCUUUGGCACUGGGGUCUGGCUCUAAUCCGUUUGGCUCUCAGAAACAGACAACAUCAGCGUUUGGAUCAUCAGGAUUCGGUUCCAAAGGUAAUAGCAAUGGAUCUUCCUCGUUUGGCCAAUCGUCAUUUGGACAAUCAGUGUUUGGCCAGGCUUCGAGUACAAGUGCAUUUGGCCAGGCUCCGAGUACAGGUGCCUUUGGUUCUUCAGGAUUUGGAGCUGCUAAGGGAUCAAGUGCCUUUGGUUCUUCAGGAUUUGGAGCUGCUGGAGGAUCAAGUGCCUUUGGAUCCUCAGGAUUUGGACAACCUUCGAAUAAUGCCAAUAGCUCGACUUCACCUUUUGGUAAGCUGGGUGGUGGAUCUGCAACGACGACGUCUGCUUUUGGAUCUUCAGGAUUCGGACAGAGUACAAGUUCAAAUACAACUUCACCAUUCGCACAGAUGACUGGUAAUAGUAACUCUACAAGUUUUGGUCAAAGUGGGUUUGGUUCUUCGACUGAUUCAAAGUCACCGUUUGGUCAGUUAUCCACUGGAGACUCAAAGAGCUCGCCGUUUGGUCAAUUAUCCACUGCAGCCUCAAAGAGCUCGCCGUUUGGUCAGUUAUCCACUGGAGACUCAAAGAGCUCGCCGUUUGGUCAACCUGCUACCUCCACUACUUCCGCCUUUGGUCAGCCUACUUCAUCUGCUUUCGGUCAGUCUGCUUCGACGUCUGCCUUUGGCCAACCUGCUUCAACAUCUGUCUUUGGCCAACCUACUGCAUCUGCCUUUGGUCAAAGUACGACGAAUAACUCACCAUUUGGCCAGCAGAAUACUAAUAAUGUCUCAACGUUUGGCCAAUCCACAUCGUCUGCAUUUGGUUCAGGCUCGUUUGGAUUCUCAAAUGGUUCAAAUUCACACAAUACGGCAUUCACUCCAGGCCUAAAACAGAGUGAAAAGGAACCUGAAAGGGUAAAAGAAGAUGAUUUGAGCGAGGAGAUUAUCAAGCUGUUUAAAGAAGAAGCCUUCAUACUGGGAAAGGUUCCCGAAAUUGAACCACCAUUGGUGCUAUGCUAAACUGGUGUAAAACCUAGGCUCCUGCCUGUGCAGCUUCUGCGUCUCUUCUCAAUCCGACAUAAGUGUUUAAUAUAACGUUUUGACUUUGCACAGACGUGGCGAAGGAAUCUC